CUAGUCUCGUGCGCGCGUGUGUGUGCAUCCGUAGCCUCCACUCCACCAUUCCUGCAGGAUCUCGGGUCUGGCACGGGGGAUCCGAAGUGUCAAAAUGGGGGAAAUUCGGCAGCCAGUGCAGGCUUUCCUUUGGUGCAUGUCUGUCAUCUACAUGUUUGCCUUUGCUUCCCUAUACGUGCAGAUACCAGGUCUCUAUGGCAACGACGGCUUGCUGCCCGCGCGCUGGAUGCUGCGCUACACGGGCAAAGGAUUCUGGGAGCAGCUGCGAGAUUCUCCCACGCUCCUGUGGCUGGGACCUAAACUGGGCCUGGACACCCAACAGGGAAUGGAGCUGAUAGCUCUCAUAGGUACUGUGCUCAGCCUUCUGUCAACACUGACACACAGGCUACGAGACUGUCGGCUCUACCUCUGCUUGUGGAUACUGUACCUAUCUCUUUAUCAGGUGGGCCAAGUGUUCCUGUAUUUCCAAUGGGACAACCUGCUGCUGGAGACGGGCUUCCUGUGUAUCCUGAUGGCCCCCAUCUACCUGCCUUGGGGGCGCUCGCGCGGCUGCUUUCAUGACGGGGUCACCCUCUGGCUGGCCCGCUGGCUGCUCUUCAGACUCAUGUUCGCCUCCGGGGUGGUCAAGCUCACCAGCCGAUGCCCCACAUGGUGGGGACUCACAGCGUUGACGUAUCACUAUGAGACCCAGUGCAUCCCCACUCCGCUGGCCUGGUUUGCCCACCAGCUGCCAGUGUGGUGGCAGAAGCUGAGCGUGGUGGGAACCUUCCUGAUCGAGAUCCCCGUACCCUUCCUCUUCUUCAGCCCCAUACGCAGACACCGCCUCACCGCCUUCUACAUGCAGGUGAUAUUGCAGGUGCUGAUUAUUCUGUCUGGUAACUACAACUUCUUCAACCUACUGACCGUCAUGCUGUGCCUCUCUCUACUGGACGAUGAACACAUCAACUUCCUCCUGCGCAGGCCAGCUCAGGACACACACAAACCACAGAAAGGCACUCUCAGGAGAGCGUGGUCAUGGGGCUGUGUGUGCCUGGAGCUGACGGUGUACAUCCUGCUGGUCUACUGGACCUGUCUUCACUUCAGCCUGCAGGUGGACUGGGAGAAGAAGGAGGUCUUGUCCAAGACUGCCUUCACGUAUCACCAGUUCAUGGCUAUGCUGAAGGACAUGAUGCUGCCCAGUAUCUGGAUCGGAGUGCUGUCCCUCACCUGGGAGAUCCUCAGAGCCAUGUUCAAGGCUGCGUGUAUGAGGGGCAUCCUGCUGCGGCUCUGGAGCACCACCCAGUGGGGAGUCAUGGCAGCUGCAGCUGUUGGCGUGUUUGCCAUCAGCCUGGUGCCCUUCACGUUCCUGGACUACGAGGCCAACAAUGCGCUGUGGCCGGGCGUGAGGCGGGCGUUUGAGGUGACGGACCGCUACCAGCUGGCCAACUCCUACGGCCUCUUCCGCAGGAUGACCGGCGUCGGGGGCCGCCCAGAGGUCGUCAUCGAGGGCAGCUACGACCGCAACACAUGGACGGAGAUUGAGUUCAUGUAUAAGCCAGGCAACACUAGUGCGUCUCCGGCCUUCGUGACGCCCCACCAGCCCCGGCUGGACUGGCAGAUGUGGUUCGCCGCCCUGGGCCCCUACAACCAGAGCCCCUGGUUCACCAGCCUCGUCUACAGACUACUGCAGGGCAAGAAGGAUGUGAUCCGUCUGAUCCAGAGUGAUGAGUCCAAGUACCCGUUUAAGGACAAGCCCCCCACCUACCUGAGAGCUCUCCGUUACAAGUACUGGUUCACCGAGCCCAAGGAGGACGGGUCGUACCCCGAGCGCUGGUGGAGGAGGGUGUAUGCAGAGGAGUUCUACCCCAUAGUGCAGAUGGGAGACCAUUUCCUGGAGAACAUGCUGAGUCAACAUGGCCUUAAGGACAAGGCCCCAGCGCGCCGCUCCUCUAAGGCCCUGCUCCCCCAGGUCCUGGCAGGUGUGCGGGAGAGCGUGUGUGCGCUGCCGGGACCCGUCUUCGUCUGGUCUCUGGCCGUCGCCGUGGCUGGAGCGUGUCUGCUCAAACACCUGCUGUCACACAAGCGCACACACUCCCACACACACUCAACACAGCCACAGGAGAACAGCAGACAGCCUCCACCAGCACACACGCAGGAGGAACAGGUGGAGGAAGAGGAGGAGAGCGAGGAAGGAGAGAGUGAUGAAGAGGAGGAUGAGGAGGCAGAGCGAGAUUUAAAAGGAGGAGGGGAUAGAAAAGAAGAGGAGAGGGAAAAAGAUGAGCAAGAGGAAAGCAAGCUGGAAAAAGAGGAGGAUGAAAGACAGGAGGUGGUGGAGGAGAAGAAUGCUGAUACUGCUGCUGAUGAUGAGGAUGAGCUGAGCAAUGCAGAGGAAGUCAAAGAAGAAGAAGAAGAGGAGGAGGAGGAGAAGGAAGAACAGGAAGAGGAGGGGCUUCAUAAGGAGGGACAGGAAGUCAACGGUGAUGACUCAUUAAGGAAGGGGAAAUAGGUCUGACAUAGAGAUGGAACGUUAGACUGGAGGUGACCCCGUCCCCUCUUUUCAUGGCAAUCCUGGCAGCCAUAACUUAAGGGUAGAUCUGAGUAAUGUUAUUGAAUGGAGAAGGGGGCUCUCCUCUGUCAAAAAAUGGCUGAAGAUUGUGAAAAUUUCACAAUAGAAGUUGAAGAGUGCUCCUAAAUAUCUACCAAACUGAUAUGAAUUGAUUUUAAAAUGUAUUUUGUUGACUCGUAUGAUUUAAGUAGAUAUUUAUCUUGACAAUUCAAAUCUGGUCCUUGCUUAAUCUGUCACUUCAUAUUCACACAGCUUUAGUCUAUUUAGAUUAGGGCGUGUUCUCCAUUGAUUUGCAUUGACUUGCAUAAAGUUACUCUACUCUUGACUGACAGCUGCUCUUGCCGUUUUCCAGUGGUGUUGCAGUUUGCCGUGUCACCUCUAGUCUCAUGUUCAACCGCUACGGAUUCUCACCUAUGAUGCCACUUCAUUUCCUUACGGAGUGCUUUUGCUGCCUGUCUUAUUUACACAUACACACGCAGACACACACACACACACACACACACAGACACACAUUCAAUACGUACACACACAUGCACUCACACUUCUGGAACAAUGAUGGUUUUGCUCUUCAUCGACGCUGCACCGUGUAUCCAUAAACAUGUGCCCACCUUUUGCAAACUUUACACGCACACACACGCAUACACACAUACACACACAGCAACACGCGUGCAUUCCUAUUGAACUUCUAUACCUCCUAUGCUAUCCUGUCUCAACUUCGCAGGUGGCUUUUUUUCACAGGCUUCGUUGACCAGUCACUGUUACUUCUUAUUUAUGGAUGUUUUGUCGUUUAUGUUUUUGUAUGUAUGUUUAUUUUUGUGUGUGUUUGUUAGUGUAAGUUGAAUGUGUUCCCGCUACAGCCUUUAAUCUUAACGCUUUCACACAACCUUGACUUUAGAACUUUGCUCUUGUUUGUUUUUUGCCCCAUGUUUUUUUGUUCUUUUGCAUGUGUGUGUGAGAGAGUGUGGGAGAGAGAGAGUUUGUGUGAGUGUCUGCAUUGGUCUAUUUGCCAAGCUUAUAGAUAAAGAAAAGAAACAUUUUUUGUGACGUUUUUUCAAGAUUUAUAAUAAAAGACAAUCAUCACGGUGA